CUUCCCUCCCUCUCGCUGUAGCGGCUGCAGCUCGACAGCCCUGGUUGUGCUUAGUUGUACCGGCGCUGGGCGCCUCUGCUCAGAUGUGAUCGCAAGAAGAAGCCUCAGGUCUGGCUUUUUGGGCUGCGGAUUCUACAAGCUAGACCCAGGACCCUAUUGUGCUAGGCUCUGCACAAACGCUAAACAGAGGCAGUAGAAGAUUACAGAGGGAUGGUGACUAAAAGGUGCUUUUCCCACAUGAAUGCAAGAAGUUAAAAGAAGUGACUGCUGGGGAGGAGAGCAUGACCACCAUGAAAGGAAGCUGCCUCCUUGCACUGCUGUUGGUAGGACUUGGGGUAUUAGGAAUAUUGGAGCCAACAGCAACAGAAGAUACCCACUGCCACAGAGCUGAGCACCCAGUUACUGCAUAUAAAGAAAUUGCCCCUUGGUUACAUGUGUUCAGAGCAGAAGAUGCUGUUGACUUCUCACAGUUAACGUUUGACCCAGGACAAAAAGAGCUUAUUGCUGGAGCAAGAAACUACCUCUUCAGGUUGCAGCUUGAGGAUCUCUCUCUAAUACAGGCAGUGGAAUGGCAAUGUGAUGAAGCUACUAAAAGAGCCUGUUACAGUAAAGGCAAAUCAAAGGAGGAAUGCCAGAACUACAUUCGAGUGCUUCUGGUUGGAGGCAACCAUCUCUUUACCUGCGGAACCAACGCGUUCACCCCAAUCUGUACCAAUCGGACGUUAAGUAACUUGACAGAGAUACAUGAUCAAAUCAGUGGCAUGGCUCGUUGUCCUUACAGUCCACAGCACAACUCUACUGCUCUUCUCACUUCCAGUGGGGAAUUAUAUGCUGCUACAGCCAUGGAUUUUCCAGGAAGGGAUCCUGCUAUUUAUCGGAGUCUGGGGGCCCUUCCUCCUCUCCGCACUGCCCAGUACAACUCCAAGUGGCUGAAUGAGCCAAAUUUUGUGUCAUCUUAUGACAUUGGGAACUUUACCUACUUCUUCUUCCGGGAGAACGCAGUGGAACAUGACUGCGGGAAAACAGUCUUCUCUCGUGCUGCUCGGGUGUGCAAAAAUGAUAUUGGUGGCAAGUUUGUGCUAGAGGAUACUUGGACUACCUUCAUGAAAGCUCGACUGAACUGCUCUCGCCCUGGAGAAAUUCCAUUUUACUAUAAUGAACUACAGAGCACUUUCUUUCUGCCAGAAUUGGACUUGAUCUAUGGGAUUUUUACCACUAAUGUGAACAGCAUAGCAGCCUCAGCAGUUUGUGUUUUCAACCUGAGUGCCGUAACCCAGGCCUUUAACGGACCCUUCAAAUACCAGGAAAACUCUCGGUCUGCUUGGCUUCCAUAUCCCAAUCCUAAUCCUAAUUUUCAGUGUGGCACCAUGGACCAGGGUUUGUAUGUAAAUCUGACUGAGAGGAAUCUUCAAGAUGCACAAAAAUUCUUCUUAAUGCAUGAGGUCAUUCAACCAGUUAUUCCAAUUCCUUACUUCAUGGAAGACAACAGCCGAUUUUCGCAUGUGGUUGUGGAUGUUGUGCAGGGCAAGGACAUGCUUUUCCAUAUCAUCUAUCUUGCCACAGACUAUGGCACUAUUAAGAAAGUACUUGCCCCAAUGAACCAGACUUCAAGCAGCUGCCUGCUCGAGGAAAUUGAACUCCUGCCAAAAAGUCAGCGAGAACCUAUCAGAAGCCUUCAGAUCCUGCACAGCCAGAGUGUCCUUUUUGUGGGCCUUCAGGAACACGUGAUUAAGGUCCCCCUGAAAAGAUGUCUCUUUUACAAAACGUACAGUGCAUGCAUCGGGUCUCAGGACCCUUAUUGUGGCUGGGACAUGGUGAUGAAGAAAUGCACAACGCUGGAAGAAAGUCUGAGCAUGAGCCAAUGGGAGCAAAGCAUUACUGUGUGUCCAAUGAGGAAUCUGACAGUGGAUGGGCAUUUUGGAACAUGGUCGCAGUGGAAACCUUGCACCCACAGUGACGGUGCCAGUGUUGGCUCCUGCCUCUGCAGGACACGUGUGUGUGACAGUCCUGCUCCUCAGUGUGGAGGCUGGCUGUGUGAAGGACCAACCAUGGAGAUUGCCAACUGUUCCAGAAAUGGAGGCUGGACACCAUGGACUUCUUGGUCACCUUGUAGUACCACUUGUGGAAUAGGCUUUCAAGUUCGUCAGCGUUCCUGCAGCAAUCCAACCCCUCGACACGGAGGACGCGUCUGUGUGGGACAGAAUCGUGAGGAGAGGUACUGCAACGAGCAUUUGUUGUGCCCCCCUCAUGUGUUUUGGACAGGCUGGGGUCCAUGGGAGCGCUGCACUGCUCAGUGUGGAGGAGGGAUCCAGGCACGGCGUAGGACAUGUGAAAAUGGUCCUGACUGUCCUGGCUGCAGUGUGGAAUAUCAGCCUUGUAACACCAAUGCCUGUCCAGAGUUAAAAAAGACAACUCCUUGGACGCCUUGGACCCCAGUCAAUAUUUCAGACAACGGCGGCCACUACGAGCAGCGUUUCCGAUACACCUGCAAAGCGCGCUUGCCUGACCCAAAUCUGCUAGAGGUGGGGAGGCAAAGGAUUGAAAUGCGUUACUGUUCCAGCGAUGGCACCAGCGGCUGCUCGACAGAUGGAUUAUCAGGGGAUUUCUUGCGUUCUGGACGAUACUCUGCUCAUACCAUCAAUGGUGCCUGGUCACCCUGGUCUCCAUGGUCACAGUGCAGUCGUGACUGCAGCAGAGGCAUACGGAAUCGCAAGCGGGUCUGCAGCAACCCUGAGCCCAAGUAUGGAGGACUCCCCUGCCUCGGCCCAUCUUUGGAGUACCAGGAAUGCAACAUUUUGCCUUGUCCAGUGGAUGGAGGCUGGUCUUGUUGGUCAUCGUGGUCGAAGUGCUCAGCAACUUGUGGAGGAGGGCAUUAUAUGAGAACUCGCUCCUGCACAAACCCAGCACCAGCAUAUGGAGGAGAUAUCUGCCUUGGAUUGCACACUGAAGAAGCACUCUGCAACACACAGCCAUGUCCAGACAGCUGGUCCGAGUGGUCCAAGUGGUCCGAGUGUGACUCGUCUGGCCUUCAGUUCCGUGCUCGUCAGUGCAUCAUUUUGUUUCCCGUGGGCAGCCAGUGCACAGGCAACACCACAGAGAGCAGAGCCUGUGCUUCAGACUCCAACUUUAUACCAGAAUUAUCAGUGGCACGAUCCAGCAGCAUAGAAGAAAAGUGGUGUGGCGAGUUCAACAUGUUUCACAUGAUUGCAGUGGGAUUGAGUAGCUCAAUACUUGGUUGCCUUCUUACUCUGCUUGUUUACACUUACUGCCAACGAUACCAACAACAGUCCCAUGAUGCAACUGUCAUCCAUCCGGUGUCACCAGCUCCUCUAAAUACCAGCAUUACAAACCAUAUCAACAAACUGGACAAAUAUGAUUCUGUAGAAGCCAUCAAGGCAUUUAACAAAAACAACCUGAUUCUGGAGGAGAGAAACAAAUACUUCAAUCCACAUCUUACUGCAAAGACUUAUUCUAAUACCUAUUUUACAGAUUUCAAUAAUUAUGAUGAGUACUAACGGGCUUGUGUAUUUUCUGGCCACCUGUAACUCCCCAGUCCCCAAGGCCUGUGCUACUUGACUGCUCAUGUGAUUGAGGCUUCAGAGAUGAAGUUCAGAGACAUUUCAAGCACGAUUCAAGCCAUCGAUGUCCCAUUGCUGCCAAAAGCUCAAAACUUGUUUGUGACAUGAUAUUUUCUUUGCAGAGGGCAAGGUUGGCCUUCAGUGUCAGGUUCAGCUAUAGCCCCUCAGUGCCGCUGGACCACUCACGAGGACUGCAUUGCUUCAUUCAGUUUCAUAACCUUCCAGUCAGAUUUCUCUUAACAAGUGGCUAAGGAAUUUCUGAGCUUUAAAAAAAUUAUAAUUGUUACCCCUUGAAGCUGUGCCAGGAGUACAAAUGUAAUUUUCUUUUUAGGCCUUGUCUUUUAUUUCCAUGAGGUUUGAAAAGGGAGCUCUGCUGUUAGCAACGAAGCCCUCUGUGCGGUCUCCUGAAGCUCACAUCACCAAAAAAAGCACCAAAAAGCACCAAAAAAGGGUGCUUGGAACAACAAGAAGAAGAAACGUGGUGGUUUAGUGGUUCUCUGGCAGUUCUGGUCUCCGUAGGCCUGAUCUUCUUGGAGUUGUAAACCACUCCGGAUGCAGUUUAGCUGUUCAGAGGGCAGAGACUAGGGAUGCAAUCUUGUAACUAACCCAGAAAGCUACAGGGUCAGUGGUUUCCAGUUGUGAGCCACGUCCAGUCACAUAAAGCCUUCAUCCAGUUCAGUUCAGUUAUUGAGGGGACGUGGAAAGGCAUGUCCCACAGGGAGACUGAGGGAGGAAUGCAACAGGAGAGUCACACUGGAAGGUUCUUCUGUGUGUCAUUUGUAAACCAGCCCUGCUGUGGGAUGCAGGUUUGCACGAAUCAUGGCAUCCCAAAGGCUUCCACUCCCCGGUGCUUGCGUAUGGGAACCUGCUUGACUCUCUGUUGUAGCACUUGCUGUCAAGCCAGUCACGGAAAGAUACAACUACACCGUGGUUUGUGUGCCUUCUCAGGCUCUCGGGGGUAUGUAGGCAUAAUCAUAGAUCUGCUAUUCUCUUCUGGCUUUUCCUUUACAUGCACUCGUCUGACAAACAAAGCUGGCUCAGAAAACGCAGAUGUAUUUGCAAAUCGUUGUCUCAUCUUGCUGCCUUGUCCAACCUAUGCUAGUCAGCCCCUAGAGGAACAUUCUUUUGGUGUUUUAAGUGAUUAUCUUGUUGGAAUUCAUUGAUGUAAAUAUUUAAAUUACUGUUUGAGUUUUAAGUUAUCAGUUUUAAUUCCUUUUGUAGUGGCAGGUGAGGAAAUGCAAAGGGUUUUUAUACCAUUGUUCUUUGUUCUGUCUGUCUUCACCCACAUUCACAACAUGACAAUUUUUGUAUCUGAAAUUCCAGAUGUAUAACUAAAAAGAAAAGGGCAGGGAUUUGGGCCAGAUUUUCCAGAGUACUUAGUAAUAAGGCAGCAUUUACUAUUCUGAGAAGUUUAUGAAAAUAAAGUAAAAGUUAAUAUUAAGGAUUAAAGAAUUGGGCUUUCAUUUUUUGAGCAUGCUAGAUGCAAAGAUCAUAGCAGCAGAAUAUCAGUCAGGUAUUAAAGGAGAAGCAGAGUGGAAAUGUUUAAGCCCUGGAUCAUUACGUUGUGCUAUGAUACACAGUUAGAGAAAAACGUGUACAGGUUAUAAUGAUUAAAAACAAAAAAGCAAAAAGUACCAAGAAGCGUUGAUCAUGUGAGACUGCGUUUGAGCACCACUUUGGUGGUCUAGUCACUUACAUUAGCAAAGGUAAACACUGUAUCUAAUGAUGGCAAAAAGCAGCAUUUUUGAAUGGGGAUAGAACUGAACCUAGCACUGUACUUCCUAUCUCUGAGAAAAAAGCAAAGCAAAUGGUCUUGGAGAAUCUGUGCAGCAAAAUGAGCACACAUUUACCAUUUACAAAAAUAAUUAAAAUCAGCUGCAUGUUACUAACUCAGUCAAAAGAAAGCACCCCAGUUCAUCUCCAGAAAGUAUAAUAAUACUGGUUCUCUAUAAUUUGUGAUUUAUUUACUGUAAUUUAGGUUUGGUUUUUCAGGAAAAAAAAAUUGCUGAUUGCCUCUGGAUAAGAGGAAUUUUUCUCUGCAAAAAAAAUUCAGUUAAACAGAUAGAGGAGGGAAAAAUCUCUCCAAAUCAUAACCAGCCUAGUAUCUGAAUCACUCUGUUCAUGCCAAAAGAUAAAGAAAAUAAAAUCUAUAUUGCUGCCACUGCCAAGAAACUGCAGCACAUACACAUACACACCUAGGCACAACACUGUUCCUCUCUGUCCCCAUACUAAGAGCACGUUAGUCUGGCUUAUGGAUUUUAUAUUUAGUCUAUUAGUUAUGAGACCAAUAUUUUUAAAAUGUUUGAACUAUGUAUUUUUAUUUUAACCUUUUUUAAUUAAAAUUAUCUGAAAUUAGCUUCUAUUUUAACUCUUCAGUAGUUUGAGGCACGCUUAUCUUUACAGUGAUCUAUUUUCCAUUCUUUUCAUGGAUAGAUACAUAUGAUAGAUACAAGUUAUAUAUGUGGUAAUAUUACCCUAGUUUAAGUCUGCAUGAUCAUAGGUAGAAGUGCAUGUAGCAGAUGUUCAGUCUGCUCACACUUCCCUCUCCUAGAAGAGUACUUCAGGUGUUCCAGCUCUUUGAGCAACUCCCAUGGGAUGUUUAAACACCAUGCCAACUUGUCAGGAAAGUGUUUCUUUUCGACUUUUUUUAAAUUUUGUCCUUUAGCCUCCUAAAUUACAUUUUUCUAAAUCACAGGCAGAGGUAUAUACAAACCUCUAUCUAAAGCAGUAGGGUAAACAUGGAAAUUUCAUAGCACUUCAGUGGGGAAAAAAAUAAUAAUCAAUUGCAAGAUCUCCUUUUUAAGCUAGAUUCUGAGACAAGAGGUUUUAAAGCCAUCAGGUAUUUGUGUCUUAGGUAAUUUUACAUCUGCUAUUUCAGUAUUUUCUCCUUUUGAGUUCUACACAGCUGCCCAGGUAGUUUAAUACAGCCUUUCCUAGUACAUGGAACAAAGCAAAAUGCAGUCUCUGUUAAACAAGUCUUUAUUAACUUUAUUUACCGUUUUUUUUCUAAAAUAGGCUACAUACAUUUUGGUGAAAAGCAGAUUUCUCCAUGAAAGUUCUGAUUUUUCUUUUGCCAAAUUAGGAUUAGGAUUAAGAUUUUUGUAAGAGAGUGGGAGAAAGAGUGGGGCUUAAAUGGCUUUGAUUCCCAGGCUAUUAAGCAGUACUGAUAAAAGUUUCAGAUGGUUGUAGGACACCGUGUGUUUAGUUAGCUCUACCAGAACUCCUCAGUAACCUCUGGCAAAAUACCAUGUCAAUGUACAAAUCAAGAGCUACUAGAGCACUUAAGUGAGGAAAGUUUUCAGAGCAUCAGACCAAAUGGCUGUUCAAACCAGAAAAGAAAGUAAGAGGUCCCAGAUGCCACAAAGUACGUUAAUGGGAAUAAAUAUUUCAGUAUUUUUUCCUCAUAAUUCUAGAGGAAAUGUAUUUACUUCUUUGAAUGUGGGACCAGUUUUAUUAAAAUCAGCACAACAUAAGCACAUUCCUAAAGGUAAUUGUAUACAUAAUGGCUUUGCUCUAUGAGAUCAAUUCUGUAAACAGUUUAGUCCAAGCUUGUCUUGCGCUGCUUGAGGUAUCUGACCAGUUUCUCACUGGCAGCUGCCACCAGCGCCCUCUAUGUCUCGUGUGGGAGAACAUCCUCAGAUGGGCAGAGUUAUGUCCUGGCAAGGGCUUGUGACUUUUCACCGACAAUAUAGUGAGUCUAGAGAGACACACUUCUGAUUUUGUAUGUCAUGUGGAUGCCUAAAUUUAGAUGGGCAAAAUCUAGGCUCUUGAGGGUGAUUUUACUCAUUCCAUAAGUAGUCGGACUUAGUUCAGUGGUAUGGAUGUAACAGGUUACCUAUUUAAAUGUGUUUACAGGAUUGAACCCAGACUAUAUUGCUUCUGCACAAAUCCAUGCACAGUACAAGAUGACUUCAAUAGUAUGAAAACAGAUUCAUUUAAAAUUGUUCACAAACAAAUCUGCAUCUUGAUAUCAGGGAAUAGAUAUGUGUUCAUUGUGUGGGGUAUCUGAAUUCAUUCCUUUCUUUGCUAAAUAAAAGAAUGAUAAAACAAGA